AUGACGACCCAAGUGCUCCUCCAGCUCACACCAGCACUCAAGAUUCCACACGUAGAAACAUUCAAAAUCACUCUCCGAGGCCAGAACCCAACGCCCACCCUCUGCCUCGACGAACAAACCAGCAGCCCAUUGUCGCUCUUCCAGCCCAGAGUCCACAAACUCACUCCACCGCGCACGCACCAUAGAAUGGCUACACUCGACAGUAGUCUUCUUCGCAAAAAAGUGGGGCAUGCAGCCAUCAUGGUCGCCUGUGCGCGGCACAGAUUCAAAGUUCGACGCGCUGCGCUCCAAGCGGCCAGUCACGCGCGCCUCUUCAACUUUACGGGAGAGUGGGGUCUUGAUCUGUGA